AUGGAAGUGGCCAACAAGUAUGUUACCCUGAAGACCCACAUAGAGGGUGCACCCAAAGAAUCUGAUUUUGAGCUCAAAACCUCACCAUUAGCUCUAUCACUCGACCCCAGCUCAGACGAGAUAAUAGUUAAGAACCUUUUCGUGUCCAUUGACCCAUACCAGUUGAACCGGAUGAAGCUGUACAACUCGUCACAAAAAUGGCUAAAUAUACGUGUAGAGGACAAUCACGCAAAUGAAAUUAAGGCAUAUGGUGUGGCAGAAGUUGUGGCUUCAGACAAUGUUGAAUUUGAGAAGGGUGAUGUGGUUGUGGGAUUUGUUACUUGGGCGGAGUACAGUAAGAUAAGAGGAAAUGGAAUGAUCAGGAAGCUUGAUCCAUUAGGGUUUCCUUUGUCAUACCAUGUUGGACUAUUUGGAUACAGUGGACUUGCAGCCUACGCUGGAUUCUUCGAAAUAUGCAAACCCAAGCAAGGCGAGAAGGUAUUUGUGUCCGCGGCUUCAGGAUCAGUUGGGAACAUGGUCGGACAGUACGCGAAGUUGCUCGGCUGUUAUGUGGUUGGUUGCGCCGGAAGCAAGCAAAAGGUAGAACUGCUCAAGGAAAAACUCGGCUUUGAUGAUGCUUUCAAUUACAAAGGGGAAACUGAUUUGAAUUCAGCACUCAAAAGGUACUUUCCCGACGGAAUCGACAUAUACUUUGACAAUGUAGGUGCUGAGAUGCUAGAAGCUGCAGUGGCUAACAUGAAUACCUAUGGCCGAGUUGCCGUCUGUGGAGCAACAUCUGAAUACACGGAUCCUGGAAAAAGAGCCGCACCCAAUAUGUUAGAUGUUAUCUACAAGAGAAUAAAGAUCCAGGGUUUUCUAGCCUGGGACCACAUGGACGUCUUUGAGGAUUUCAUUUCAACCACCGGCAACUGUCUCCGCAGCGGCCAAAUGCACCCGCUCGAGGACUUCUCGAAUGGUGUGGAGACCAUUCCCUCUGCUUUUGUAGGACUAUUUCGGGGAGAUAACAUUGGGAAGAAGAUGGUUAAAAUCACAGAAGAUUGAAUUUGCUCGGUUAAACAACUUAAUCAGAGAGCCGGUAAUGUUUGUGUGACUCAUUAUGGCUUUCGUAUAAUGAUUUUCAGUUUAUCUAAUCUUAGUCACAAAAACUUUUAAAUGGCUAACGGCAA